CUCAGGACACACGAGGAGCCCGUGGUGUGCCACCCCGCGCUGCGCUGGUGGCACUGGGAUCGCCGUCCCGCUGCCACGCAUGGAGGCCACGGGCCAGUUUGACAUGUGGCGGGACUACCUGGGGCUGGCGGCUAUGGUGGCCAUGUUCCUCCGUGACCCCGUGGGCCCUGGGGACACCUUGGUGCCGCUGGGAGCCCUGUCUCCGUGCGCUGGGCCAGCUCCAUGUGUGGGGCCAGCUCCGUCUGCUGAGCCUGCUCCACGUGCGGGACCAGCUCCACGUGCGGGACCAGCUCCGUGCUCGUUCUGCCAGCACAACGGCGAGGCCCCGGGCGUGUACUGGAGCCACAGCCUGCGGGACGCGCAGGGACGCCUGCAGUGCCCGGUGCUGCGCAGCUACGUCUGUCCCCAGUGCGGGGCCACGCAGGACCAGGCCCACACGCGCCGCUUCUGCCCCCGCACGCACCGCAGCUACACGUCCGUCUACUCCCGCCCGGUGCCCGCCAGGAGCAGGCAGAGGAACACCAGGAUGUAGCCGAGGGAUGGAGGAUCCCGUGUCAGCGUGCAGGGACUUCCUCAGCGGAUGAGACCACGGCUUGGAGCUUGACUGGGACCAGUCUCCCCAGUUUGUGCCGCCUCCCAGUGCCGCGGCACCCCGGAAGAGUCGCUCCGGCCAGAUUUGGGUGCUGCCAGCGGGGCCAGUUCUGAGUUUUGGGUUAGGUUUGAGCUUUGAGUUCUGAGUUUUGGUUAAUCCCAAAAGGGGUUGGUGCUCCAUUUGCUGGAGCUGUUUCCAGGUUUUUUGGGUUGAAUUUUUGACUUUUGGUUAAUCCCAGGCCGGGAAGGGGCCAGUGCUCCAGGUGCUGGAGCUGUUACCAGUUUUUUUGGGCUGGAUUUUUGAGUUUUGGUUAAUCCCAGGCCAGAAAGGGACUCCAAGUGUUGGAGCCUUUAUCCCACCACCACAGCCGUUCCUUAGCGUUUUGGGUGGGUUUGGUGGGAUUUGUU